GAGUCUCUCUUGGUGGCGAUCCCGCCACGGGUAUACUUGUUGAAGCUGGCAUCGUAAAGGAGAACGAAAGAUGGAUCAUCGACAAAGCCAGUCCAGCGGAUUGGAGGGUCUACAGGGACACUAUGCUGCAGCAGUUCAAGUGGGAGCUCAAUGGUCUACAGCAUGAACUACGACCCACUCCAGAAGGAAACUUGUGGCAAGUCAUUGCCACUCAAGCUGAUGGAAAAGAAAAGGCGGUGGGCUAUAU